AUAAACAGACAGUAAAAUCCUCCGCCUGUGUUUGUAAAUGUUCCUCUCCAUUAAACCAAUAAAGCGGCAAGUAAUGGAAGCAGAGCUCUGUCUAUUCUCAGAGUUAUGUGUCAUUACAUCCCACAUGAAGCAGAGCAAUCAGAGGAGGUCCGGCCGCAGCUGAUGGGACCUGCUCAGGAGGAGGAGGAGGAGCGCUGUGAUGAAGAACAGACGAGGGAUUCCUCCUCUGCUUAUAAACGGCUGCUGAUGAUCAGAAGCACUCACAGCAGACGAAGACAACGAAGAGUGAUCGCAGAGCUGCAGGACAAACAGCUGGACUGAGACCUUCAGGUCAAAUAUUGGCAGGAAACAUGGCGGGAUCAACUGACCAUCUGAACACCUCCAUGUUGCUCCGCCCCUGUGUGAACGUCACCUGUCAGCCUCUGAUCAGAUCGUGUCCAUACACCACAGCUCAGCUGACGAUCAUUGUCAUAGUAACCGCUUCCCUCAGCAUCGUCACCGUCCUCGGCAACACGCUAGUGAUCCUGUCCAUCAAGGUGAACCGUCGCUUGCGCACGGUCAACAACUACUUCCUGUUGAGCCUGGCGGUGGCCGACCUGAUCGUGGGCCUGAUGUCCAUGAACCUGUACACGCUGUACUUGCUGCGGGGACACUGGCCCCUGGGGGCCGCCAUGUGCGACCUGUGGCUGGUGGUAGACCACGUAGUGAGCAACGCAUCUGUCAUGAACCUGCUCAUUAUCAGUCUUGACCGCUACCUGUGCAUGACACACCCCCUCAGCUACCCGGUGAGACGGACAGGCAAGAUGGCAGGCAUGAUGAUCGGCGUCGCUUGGCUACUGUCCCUUGUGCUCUGGGCCCCCGCCAUCCUGUGCUGGCAAAAGUCUGGGGGGCACCGUGUGGUCCCUGACGGACUGUGUUACACCCAGCUCCUUGCCAGCCCCGCAGUCACCUUGGCGAUAACACUUCCUUCAUUCUACCUGCCAGCGUUCAUCAUGAUCGGUCUGUACAGCCGCCUGUCUGUGGCCAGCCAGAGCCGACUGAGCGCACUCAGAUCAGAGCGAGGCCCGCUCAGGAGGGCCAGUCCAUCCUUUAAAGACUUCCUCCUGAAACGACGCAGCCUGGUGACCAGUGACCCCAACUCUGAAGUGUCUCUGAACCAAUCAGAGUCCAGCACACCGAAGCACAGGAAGAACCAGAGAGCGUCCAGGAGUCCAACUGAUCAGUCAGAGCCCGAUGUGUCUCCACUUUCUCCGCCGUGUCACAGACACAAGAACGACUCGUCAUCAAUCAUGGACCUCCACAGGUCGGCCUCGGUGGCAUUCUCCGCCUGUCCCAGCUUCAGGUCUCAGGAGCGGCGGAGGCGGCGAGUCAUGGCGAGGGAGAGGAGGGUCACCAAGACCAUUCUGGCCAUCCUGCUAGCCUUCAUCCUUACCUGGACACCAAACAAUGUCAUGGCGAUCAUCGCCGCCUUCUGUCACUUCUGCAUCCCAGAGUUCCUGUGGACAACCGGGUACUGGCUCUGCUAUGUCAACAGCGCCAUCAACCCCGCCUGCUACGCCCUGUGCAACGUCACCUUCAGGAAAACCUUCUGCAGCCUCCUGUGCUGCCGCAGCAGGAAGCUGCACUGAUCACAUGACCCUCAGAGCGUGCAAGGAGGAUGGAUCAGACCGGCUCAGACGAGGGAGCAUGAUUCUCUGUCUUUGUGGAUUCCAAUGAUCACCUGACACCAGACGUCUUACCUCUAACACAUUUAUUUGAAACAUUGUAAUGACUUAACAUUCAAGCUAUGUUUGAACCAGACUGUAUGAAACAUGGACGUAGUCUCUGUGAUGCCACCCUUUGGUUUCUGAGACGAUAUAAAACCCAUCGAUGGUGGUCGCCCUAUUUGAAACUGACUUUCUGUCUUUUAACAGAUUGAUCUUAAUUCUACAGGGAAAUUAGGUAAAGAGGAGGAAUUGAGACGGACCUAGAACCUCCUGGAAAACGGCUAUAACACACAAACUUAGCCACGCACCCAAUUAUGCAAAUGUGUAAUCACCUGUUUAAUAAGGCUUAAAGGUGAGUUUUAUAAACAUUCAGCCCAUACAGUCGUCAUGAAGAGAGAAAUGAGCUCUAAAGACCAAAACCGUUUUUGUACCUGGCUGUGAAGUUGGACAUUUUAACAUGUGGCUCUAUGGGGACUCCACUUUCUACAAUUGUAGGAUUGUAGAAUUGUAGAAUUGUAGAAUGGGGACUGACUCACUGCAGGAGACAGACUCUAGUGGACUCUGGAGGAACUG